AUGUCUGAGUCUGGUUCUGGCGACCUGGAUGAGAUAUCCCGCAACGUGCUUGCCGCCAGGACUGCUGGGGCGCAGCGCGCCGCCAAGAGCAGGGCCUCCCGUUUCGAGGAGAUGGAGCGGGCUGUGAGCUUCAGGGACCUGCCAGAGCUGAGUAGACUAGAACCUUUGAUGCUUUCUGGCCGCUACAUGGGCGCCGCUGACCAAGAUGCGCUAGCAAGACUUGUGGCCGAAGUUCGCUUGGAUCACUCGCUCCCUGUGGAAUUGACAAAGUGCAUAGACUUUGGCGAUGCGUCCAAAAAGGAGGGUUGA